AUGCCACUUCAAAUCUCGACAAAGGAAAACAUUCGUAAACACCUUGAGAAUGUUUCUUUGAAAGAUAACGUAAGUUUACUUGCCUUUUCUAUAACUCUGAUUUAUCUGUAAUUUUACGUAUAAAAUUAAUUAUUAAUUAUUUAAUUGCUUUGUUUGCUUUUUCAGUAUAAUUAAUACCAAGGAAUAUCUCUUAAAUAUAUACACUAUGCUUCAUUAUAUUUAGUUCAUCAUUUAAGUUAAUUAAGUUAAACGAUUUUAUUUUUUUAAAUGUAUCUUUUGCUUCUUAUUUCGACUAUCAUCAGAGAAGUGUCAUCAUAUGAUAGAAAUGUUCUAUUUCUGUUCAGUUCAUACUAUUUCUAAUUAUUAUGUAUCGGAAAAUCAAUUUAAAAAAUCACCACAUUGAUUUAUUAGAUUUAAGUUAUUAGGUUUAUAAUUAAUGAUAGCAUUUAUAAUGAUAGAUCUUAAAUAAAUAGAUCAGUAUACACAAUAAAAAUUUACAGUUGUAAAUUAUGUAAUGUACUAAACACAAAUUAUCUUUGCUAAUACCACAUGUCUGACACAGUUGUAAGAUAUAAUUUUACUUUAUUUUUUUAUAUGGAAAUUUUGAUUUUUUACAUUCGGUUUGUUAUAAACAGCUAAAUAUAAUUGACUGGAAGAAUGGUAAGAAAAUGAUUUAAAUAUUUAUAAAAUUAAUAUAUUCUAUAUAAAAUUGUAAUAUAUUAUAUAAAAUUGUUUACAUUUUCAUGUAUUACAAAUUCAUGUACAUUAAAAAAUGGAUUAUUUUAUGAUUAUUCUGGAAUAUUUAUUGUUGAUAGAGUGUGUUUCUUAUAGAUAAAAUUUUCAUGCAAAUAAGAAACAUUCAUAAACAGGUUAUCAUACCUUGUUCUUAUAUUGUAGUACAAAAAAUUGUAUAAGUGCUGUUACAUAUAAUUGUGCAAUACAAUAAAAUAUGUCAUUUCAUGAUUUUGUACAUAUUUCUAUUAUUCAAAAUGCUAUUAAAUAAAUUAUUUGUAUUUCAUGAGAAUAAAAUAUUAAAUUCAACUGGUAUAUAGCAAGCAAAUUAUUCGUAUUUAUAACUGACUACAACUAUCAAUAAAAUAUUUUUCUUUUUAUUAAUUUUGAUAUCCCUGUUUUCAGACUUCUCCAAAAAAAUUAUGUACUUCUCCAGCAAUUUCUCAAGAAAAUGGUAUCAAAAAUGUAAGACAAAUAUUGUUAUGUGAUAGUAAAGUGAUUUUAAAAUUUUGUUAAUAUUUUUAUUUGUUUUUCAGGUAACUAAAGCAAAAAUUGUAAAUAAGAUUUUCAAAGAAAAUGAAUUCAAUCCAGAAUUAGAACCAUUACUGAAAGAAAAUCCACGUAGGUUUGUUGUUUUCCCUAUCCAAUGGCCUGACAUUUGGCAAAUGUACAAAAAAGCUGAAGCCUCUUUUUGGACUGUGGAGGAAGUGGACCUUUCUAAAGAUGCAUUGGACUGGAAUAAUUUAAAUAACAAGGAGAAACAUUUCAUAUCUUACGUCUUAGCAUUCUUUGCCGCUUCUGAUGGAAUUGUCAAUGAGAAUCUCGUCGAACGAUUUAGUCAAGAAGUACAAAUAACAGAAGCACGUUGCUUCUAUGGCUUUCAAAUUGCCAUGGAAAACGUACACUCAGAAAUGUAUUCUUUAUUAAUUGAUACAUAUAUCUCAGAUGCCAAAGAAAGUUGUUUUUAUUGUUACUGUACAUUGUUCGUUCAUAGAGACUUCUUAUUUAAUGCAAUCGAAAAUUUACCAUGUGUCGCGAAAAAAGCUCAAUGGGCAUUAAAUUGGAUAAACCAUGAAAGUGCAACGUUCCCUGAACGUAUAGUUGCAUUUGCUGCAGUGGAAGGUAUAUUUUUCAGCGGCAGUUUCGCUGCUAUCUUCUGGUUGAAGAAAAGAGGUCUUAUGCCGGGACUUACAUUUAGUAAUGAGCUUAUUUCUAGAGAUGAAGGACUACAUUGCGAUUUUGCAUGUUUAAUGUUCAAACACGUUAUACAAAAACCAUCUUGCGAACGAGUCACAUCAAUUAUUAAGGAUGCUGUCAAAAUUGAACAAGAAUUUUUAACGGAUGCCUUACCUGUUGAAAUGAUAGGAAUGAACUGUAAACUUAUGUGUCAAUAUAUCGAAUUUGUUGCUGACAGAUUACUUGUUGAAUUAGGCUGUGAAAAGAUAUAUAUAUCUGAAAAUCCGUUUGAUUUUAUGGAGCAUAUCUCUUUGGAAGGUAAAACAAACUUUUUCGAAAAAAAGGUGGGAGAGUAUCAGAAAUGGGGAGUAAUGCAAAAUAAAGUCGAGAGCAAUUUUACAGUUAAUGCUGAAUUUUAAUUUACUAGAAAGUUUACUUGAAAAAAACACAGAAAUGAUAAUUUAAUUUAAAUUUCUGUUAUUCAUAUACAUAAAGUAAAAAAUGUUUUAUUCACGUGGAUGGAUGUGAACUUUUUGAAAUAUCGAAAAUAUUUUUCAUUAUUUGUUUUCUUUCCUCAUUUAUUAGGAUUGAAUUGUAUAUUAUUAGGAUCAAGUUUGAUAAUUGUAUUUACUUUUGACCAUAAUUUUUACAUUUUGACAAUUACGUUUGGGAUCUAAUAAUAACUGAGUCAAGGUAUUCUAUUUUGCAUUAAAUUCUUAUAAAUGUGUAUUGUAUUGUACAUUUAUUACGAUUUAUUAUUUUAUAUCUUGUCUAAUGGACAAAAAAAACAUUUAACAAUUAAGACAAUAUGAACAAUUCAGUAUUUGAAUAAGGCUUUUGUGUAUAUGCAUAUAUAAUUUAAUAAAUAUAAUUUUUAUUAUAAGUAUAAGAAGUAAUUGUUAUGGUUAUAAUUUUUUAUUUUAUAGAAGUUACUAUUAAAUUACAUCUGUAGAAAAUUAUAUUUUUAUAAACAAUUUAUAAACUUUAUAAAAUUGGUUUUGUAAUUUGUUUAAUUGCAUUGAAGAAUAUCUUAUAUGCAGGAAUGUGAAUAUAAAUGAUACAAUUGUAUAUGUUAUAAUCUAUGCAAAUUUUACACUGAAAACGUUUAUAUAAGUUUUCUAUUUUUUCAUAUUAUAAGCUGGUGAUUUGUAUAAUAAACAUUAAACAACUUUUACUUGAAAACCAUUGUUCAAACGAUUCAGAUAAUUUUUACGGCACUCCAUAGUAUCAGCUGGUCUGUUGUAUGGCAACCAAACAGGUUCACCCACAAAAUAACGUUUCGCUUUGAUAUAAUUCUAUAAAAAAGAAAUAAUAAUAAUCAUUUAAUUUUUAGUAAAACUUAG